ACGCAAACCCGAAAAUCAGAACCAGAAUCUCUCGCUCACAAGAGGAGCACCCCAAAAGCGGAGUCGAAAUCCCAAGACGUCGUCGGUCUUGUCUUCUUGUUUCCAAAAAAAGGUCGGCGACCCCUCAGCCCGCGUACAUGACGCUUUGUCGCCACCUGCUGCCCGUCGUUCGUAGGGCUUCCAAAAACAGUUCGGGUGGGGUCAGGCGUCGUCAGGAAGUACGUUCUCCCUCUCGCAAGGCUAUUGGUCCGACGUCAGCAGCUUUGCAAGUGACGAUUGGCCGCCGGCCUCGGCUCCCCGCAGCCGAUUGGUCCGGAACGCUUUGGCUCCGUGUGGGCUGAGAAGUUGACGUUUCCGUUGAUUCCUGCCGAGGAGCAGCCAGACUCGACCGAAGGGCCCGGGCCCAAAGUGGCGAAAUGGCGAGAACGGUGGACGAGAGCGGCUGUCGGGAGGAAUUACAGAAGUCCGAGCGGGGCGCGGCCAGGUGGGGUCCGCAGCACGCGGGUGCCCGUGAAUUGGCCAAUUUAUAUUCGCCAGGCAAACGAUGUCAAGAGUGGGUUAGCGUCCUCCUGUGCUUCUCUCUCAUGGCCUUCAAUUUCCUUCACCUUCUUGCCAAUUUCCACUUGGGGCAUCUGUGGUACAUCCUGUUGGGCAUCGCGGCAGGAAUCCUCACCGCAGACUUCGCCUCGGGCCUUGUUCAUUGGGGGGCUGACACGUGGGGAUCGGUGGAUCUUCCCAUCUUCGGAAAGGCCUUCAUCCGACCCUUCCGAGAGCACCACAUUGACCCCACGGCCAUCACCCGUCACGACUUCAUCGAGACCAACGGCGACAACUGCAUGUUGACCAUCGUCCCGCUCGCCAAUAUGGCCUUCAACUUCCUCACCCUUUCCCCCGCCGAGAUUUACCACCUGUACCCGUGGUACUGCUACCUUUUUGCACUGGGCAUCUUCGUGACCCUCACCAACCAGAUCCACAAGUGGUCCCACACCUACUUCGGCCUUCCGCGCUGGGUGGUCUUCCUGCAGGACUGCCACGUCAUCCUGCCCCGCAAGCACCACCGCGUCCAUCACGUCUCCCCGCACGAGACGUACUUCUGCAUCACCACAGGUUGGCUCAACUACCCCCUGGAGAAGGUGGGCUUCUGGCGGUACCUGGAGGAUCUCAUCCAAGGGGUCACGGGAGAGAAGCCGAGGGCUGACGACCUCAGAUGGGCUCAUAAAGUCAAGUAACGUCGCCGGCUAACUUCGCCCUACCUCAGACGACUCCCCCCCUCUCACCCCCCCCCCUCCCCCGAAUCCCCCCCGGCCCGGUUUGGCCUGACCGUAAUCCAUACGAAGACAAACUAAGCAGGUUCUGAUGCCAUAGCAGUAGUAACUCUUGCACAUUUUUCUGUUUUUCAAGAGGAUACUUUUGUCUUUCGUUUUUGUUCACGAUACGCACACGGUGGAGGUGGUGAUUUCAUAACGGCAAUAUGUAGACGUAUAUUUUCACAUCCAACUGCUCGCAUUAUGAAACUGCACGCAAACGUAAGGAGAUGAUCAAAAUCAGGAGUGACCCCCCCCCCCAUUUGGGUUCUGGUUCUGCCCCCCCCCGAAUCCAAACGUCUUUAUUUAGUGCCGCCCGAUCUGUCGUCUAUUUGGCGCUCAAGAGUCAAAAUUUUCAUUUAAAAAUGCUUCAUUAACGCUGAUAGCAAAAGAAAAACUAUGAAUAACUGCGGGUACAUUUCAACAAUUUACAAUAUGGUAGAAAACUUCAUUUAUUUCAGUACUCAGACUCAUGAAACUCUUUUUGGAGAAAAACAUUUUAGACGGCAAAUUCCCACCUAAUUUGUACGUUAAAAAUUGUUGACAUUGCUUCUUGAUUAUGACGUAAUAUUCUAAUUUCUAGAAAUGGUGAAUUUAGGCUUUUCGUUUGCUGUACGCUACAAUAAUCCAAAUUUAGUGUAUUUCCCGUUUUUAAUUGAGCUACUUAACUAAAUGAAGUUUUUGACACACUGAAAUUUAUUGAGACGUACGUGGACUGUUACAUUUUUUGAGCCAGCACAUUUUUGACUCAAGAUGAUUUAUUCAAAGCCAUCUUAAGCGUGGCUUUGCAAAGAUGAGACGAUCGUUACAUUUUAACUCGAAAAUCAAAUGACAAGUUUAAAAAAAAAAAAAAAAAGACAUCAGAUCAGUUCUGACCCGGCUGGCGUCAUAAAAUCUCAUCUAAUAUUUUUUUGCAUUCCCACAAAAAUUACAACAUUUUCAUUUUAUCUCCAACUUUGCUCUUGGCCACUUGCAGCUCUGUAGUGAAUUUGUUAUCUCAAGCGUGGAUGUUUUCUUUUUCUUUUUUUUAUUAGUUUGUAUUAAUAGUAAGUGGAUGGUAUACCGGAGUCCAUGAUAUUAAAAGUUGUCAUAUUUAAUUCACUCGAUGAAUGAAACGAAAAGGCCGACAAUAAAUCUUGGUAAAAAAACAAAACAAAACAUGAGGAUUUGAAAGUAAACGUUUUCGUGGAGGAGGCGUCGAGCUGCCGCGAUGACUCGCGUGCGACUGUACCGAAAGUCGUGACCCGAGUGCAUUAAGUCCGGUCCGGUCCGGUCCGGUCCGGUCAGGUCAGUCGUCUGUUCUGUCCAACUGCCUUACGCGCCGCACAUUUUUUCAACUUGUGUCUCACUUAUUCACAGAUGCUACAGCGCAGAUGUGAUUUUGCGUCGGCGUCGAGUCCCUCGGUGACUUUAAAAAGGGCUUCGUGAGUCACCGGCGGGAUUGUGGGAAGCUUUUUCGUUUCAUUUGUGUUUACCGCAAACGAGUCUGCGGCGUCAACUUCAUGUCUUAACUCGUCGAAUGCCUUUUUUUUUUUUUUUUGCUUUUUCCUGAAGCGUUUACAGCGAUUUAAAGGCUCUAAUUGAGACACUUUUGAUUUCAAGUGCACCACGAAAGGAAAUCCUGCCGCGUUCCGCGUACGACGUGGCGCCGGCCCGAUUGAGCGAAGGAACGCGUCCCCUUUAAAUUGUCGAACGCGAACGCAGCAGGUCGGAAUCCGAUCAGCGGUUCGUUCGGUGACCUUCGCCACGUCGUCGAGCCAACGUGUCUCAGGCUCGGAUCGCCUACGCAAACUGUCUUCAUUCCGAGGAGCGUCCUGGUGAGCAACCAGCUUCAAAGUUUUGACUGUCGCGGCGCUUCCGCUCCUCGAAAGCCGGCGACAUCUUUUUAUACCAUGUAAUAUUAAUAUUUGAAUGCGUCAUACUUGAUUACAUUCAAAUGGAGCUAUGAAAACGGUGUUUCCCGACCUUUAUCGAGCCAUUAAGAAAUAUCUCGCAGCGCGUGACCAAGUAAAAACACCACAAAAAGUAUCAAUGCCGAAAUAUGGAUCUUUAUUUUUUGUGUAAAUUUGUGAAAUCUCUGCAUAUUUAGUUCAACACUGCUAUUAUUCUGUUGUAUGAACGACGACAAGUUGUUCAUUUCAUCUUCUGCCUGUCACUCUUGCUCACCGGCACACAAUGAACCAAGAUUUAUGUAUUUGUAACAAAUAAAAAAAAAGAUCCAUCCAUCCAUCCAUUUUCUGGGCCGCUUAUCCUCACGAGGGCCGCGGGGAGUGCCGGAGCCAUUCCCGGUCGUCAUUGGGCAGGAGGCGGGGCACAACGGAGACACAACAGUCGCACUCGCAAACACACUGAGGGGCAAUUUAGAGUUGAACAAAAAAAAAAAAACAAAAAAUCUGGAUAAUUUGAGUGAAAUUCGAUCUUGAUGACGAUUUCUCACGGCAGCUGCACCACAGUUCUUAAAAAAAUGUUGGCAUUAUUCCGACAAUUCUAUUUGUAUUUUAGGUCUUUGUGAGUGGUUAUAAGGAAAAGUACCGUCAUUUCCGGCCUACAGAGCGCACCUGGUUAUAAGCCUCACCCAGGACAUUUGCAAAGGAAAUAACAUUUGGUACAUACAAAAGCCGCACCUGUAGAAAUGCCGCAAGGGCCCACAUUGAUAGCUUAACAUGGCAACAACACGGUAGCACCAACAGGGCUGGUACAAAAACAAAACAAAAACCAGCCGCGGCAGCUACGCAGUAGCAACGCGGUAGCACAGCACUAACAGCCGGUUAAAUAAAAACAAAUAUGACUACAUCACUGUGAUGCGGCACUAACGCUAGCGCAGUGCUUACAGGGCCGGUUUAAAAAAAGACUACCGGUAAAAAUCAUUGCGACACGGAAGUAACAGCAGCGACACGCUAGCGCAGAGCUAAUGCUAGCGCGGCGCUAACAGGGCUGGUUAAAAAAAAAAAAAAAAAAAAAAACACCGGUAAAAGUCAGUUCUUCGGCACAUAUAUUCCACCGGUGUCACUCUUAACUUUUCUGCUCGAGUGGCCCCUUGUGGCCGUUUUAAAAAAAUGCACAAAUUAGCCGUUAUAGGCCGGAAAUGACGGUAUACGGUUUCUGGUCAAAGUGAUGCUGCUGCAACCUUGACAAAAAACAACAACAACAACAAAAAAACACAUUAACUGUAGUUUCCGUAGUACUUGUGGAGUUGGUCAUUUGAGAAGCAGUUUUGUGUGCAGUAAAAAGUACACGCUGGCCAUUGGAUGUUGCUUUGUGCCUCUUCUGGCGCCACCGGUCCGAACAUUCGGGCCGACGGGCGACGUCGGUGUUUGGUUCGACACCACAGUGGCGUAUUAUUAUGAUGAUUAUUACGAUGAUUAUUGUGAUUCCAUUCGGACCAGGUUCCGUGUAAAUAUGCUGCUACAAAUGUUAACAAUUUCCAACAUGCCAUAACUCAUUUUGUCCUAAAAAUGGGAGUUCACGUCAAGUCAAGCCCAUUUUUUUUAUUUGCGAUUAAGGCUCAUCUAAAUUCUCAAUCGCUUUGAGAUUCAUUGAUCGAAAAGCAUCGAUUGACAUUUUUGUUCUUGACUUUGCGCCGAGGGAUUUUUCUGCUCCCACCAGAUGAUGAUGAUGAUUAAGAUUCAUGUGAGUCGGCGGGUCGGUCUGUUCAUGGCAUAUUUUGACAAGUUUUUUUUUUUUUUAAUCCCUUUUGUUGACUUGCUCGGAUAUUGAAUUGCCUUAUCAGCUUCCUAAUUGGACUUAUUGUACAUGCUGUCAACUUAAAUGUUUAAAAAAAAAUUAAUGGAUUGAUUUAAUUUUGCCCCUCGUGUGAGGCAAAUCAAAUUCUAAAUAUCACAAUAAUAUACCUUGAUGCCUUUUUGUUGUCUUCCAUUCGGGAGAUGUACAAUAUGUAGACUGUAUUAAACUGUUUAUUUAUAACUAAAUAAAAGUCCAGUACUUAUACUAUUUUUUUUUUUUCCUCUCUCAUUUAUUUACUUUACGCGGUAGGCAACGCGACCGAACCUUCAACUGAGUUACCUGAAACCAAACCAGUCUCAUAUCAUUAA